AAGAGUUUGAGCAGCUAUUUGCACAGUUUUGAGUACUGGAAAAGUGGAUGAUUAAGAUAAGACUAGCGUGUUUAUAUGUUGCGAAAAGUGGUAUUUUUGUAAUGAAACUUCGGAAUUUUCUAGCUGAGUUUCUAGUACUUGUUGGCGGUUUGUGAUUCCUGCAAGUUUUUUUUAUUUUUUAUCUUGCUAGAAUUUUUUUGAGAUUCUGAAAAUUUUUGCUGUUAUUGUUAAAUGUCGAAGCUGAUCAACCGAGCUGCAGAAAUUUCAAAAGCUUAACUCUUGAGACCCGCGCCCGUCUCGUCUUUAAGCUUGUAGCACAAAUGGACUCGGUUUGGUAGCUCUAACUUUCCAAUUUUUGCCCGGUCUGAAUUUUUUGCCUGUUAGCACUUCCGUGAGAUGAUGCAGCGUGUUCUCUGUAGUUUUCUAAAAAUUUCGCGCUUCUAUAAACUGCUACCACCCCUCCAGAAAAUUAAAAAGUCGCACUUUUUGAGGAAAUCUCUUGCACAUCUGCCACGCAAAAAAAAUCAGGCGAGAGGAAACACGAGAAGGGGACACUCCUGAUUAUUGUCGUUCUGUAUUUUUAUGCAAAAGAAUUUCCCUUAAACCUCUCAGAUUUCCUUUGACUCUCCCAGCUGGGCAAAAAAAUCACGAUGCCCCUCUUUUGUCGGCGCAAAUCUAUCAAGUUCCGAAAUUUUUUUCAUCAGCUCACCACUGGAAAAGCCCUAGAGUCUACUGGCUUCAAGUUGGAAAAUGGCCCACAAGUUUCUAAAUCGUGCAGAAAAGUCCUGGGCAGCACUGGAAAAGUCAGAGGCUACCGAUUUCAGUUUGGGGAUGGCCUUGAAGUUGUUAAACUGUCCGAGGAAUUUCCUAAGCGCCACUGGUAAAAAAAUCAAAGCCCUGAAGGUGUAUGCUGGGAAUGGUCUAGAAGUUGCAGCCUGUGCCUACUUUGUUCCAGUUGCCACAGAAUAAAAAGCCCCGGACCAAAAGGGCCAGGCUGAAACAUGCGCAAAAGUGCGCCGCUUUCUGGUAGCCUUAGGCAACUCACUCAAGCCAAACCCAACCCAAAGAAACCCAACGAGGCCCAAACCGUGGCCAAACUGAAACCAAAGGCGAGCGAAACCGAAACGAAACGCAGGCCAAACACGGGCCAAACGUCAACCAGCCCCAAGCCGAACCAGGACCAAACGCAAACCGGGCCGAAACUCAAACCAAGACCGGGCCAAACGCAAGCCAAACCCAAACCACGCCCACGCGCAAACGCGAACCAAACCCCAGCCAAACCCAAACAAAACCCACGCCAAACGGAAACGCGAACCGAACACAUUCAAAAACCAAGCGCAAGCCGACCAAACCCGCCCGCCGGAAGCCCGCCCGACCUCAAACCAAACAGGCGAGCCCUAAGCACGCCCGGAGCUCGAGACAGGGCCGAAACUCGCAGCAUGCUCGAAACCCGGGCCAGGCCUGGGGCUUACGCUGAGCGCGGAACCCAAACGGGGCCGGCUGCGACGCGCUGCGCGUGCGUCUUCUCUGCUCUUCCCUCUUCUUUAUCUUGGGUCUUCUGAACCGCAAGGAGGCUGAUGCCAGCAGCCACCGCGGCGCGCCCUCGAAUCUCGAGCAGCGAGAAGCGGGGAGAGAAACAAGAGAGGCAAGGGGCGGGAUUGCAUGACGAUGCUGCGGCUUUGGCUGCGCGUGGUUCUCCAGUGCUGACCCGGCCGACGCGGUCCCGCCUUUGUUGCCUUCGUCUUCUCUUUUGUUUCCCUCUCGUUUUCCUCUCUUCCAGGAGAUUCGAGGGCGCGCUGCGGUGGCUGGUGGCGGGCUGCACCCACUGCGUGCGCAGUGUGUCCCGCUCGGUCUCCUUCGUGCUUGGUUCGCUCCUGAGAUUCGAGGGCGCCGCGCGGUGGCUGGCGGUGGGUUAUGAGGCGAGUGCAGUGCGCUCCCCGUCUUUGUCUUUCAGAAAGCUCCGGCCGAGCUCUGGACUUCUUCAAGACGAGGAGCCCGCUCGGAGCCGGGAAGCUCUCGCGACUAGAAUCCACACGCGGCCGAGGUCACUUUUGGUUUCGUCCAUCCGGGGAAGAAGAUCCACCUCCCCAACGAAAUGAAGCCGCUGCGGGUCUUGUCGGUGAGGGGUCGAAAUUGUGCGAAUUUGAUCAAUCGGAGGCAUGUCCGUCUGUCAUUUUGGAGACACUUAGAGACGGCUCCACACUGCCGCAAGAACAUAGAAAAAACCAGAACGGGCGCCGGACUGCUUCGGGACCGGGGGCCCCCCUCGACCCGCCCCGAGGCCUUUGCGGCAGCCCGGUCGGGGCUCAUGGGUGAGUAUCCUCCAAGCUUCUCGGAAAGCCUGGGAGGCUUGGGCAGAGCCCGCGGGAGCCGCCUCGCAAAGCCUCCGGCAGGCCCGCAAGAGGCCGCCGCCGAAGCCUUGCGCGGGGGUACAUUCUUCAUCGCGUGGCUAGAGCGUAACUAUUAGAGGCAUUCGCAGACAGGUGGCUACGUCUAGACUGUGGAGGAAUCUGCACACAGAGCGGACGCCGACGCUGUGCGGCGUCGCGGUCCUGAUGUUAGAGCAGAUGGCCGCGAAGUCCUCCCAAUGCCAAGAAGCUUUCUGGCUUGCUUCGUUUUGGGCUCGGCCUGCUUCUGGUCUGAUAUUGGUAGGCUGCAAGGCUUACCCGCUUCCAAUUUUUAAACGCCGGGCGGGGGCACAGGCGGGCAGAUUCCUUCUGCCGAUGCCCCCAAAUUAUACUGAGGGGCCUGCCUUCUUUUUUCCUACUGAGGUGGGUGCCAGGCAGGAAGAAGCAGCCUGCUUUUGACUCGUCUCGCCUUAUUUUUUUUCUUCGAGUGGCGGACGAGAAAAGCAGGCACAAAAGAAAUCGCCCCAGGUUUUUCAUUAUGCCACCACUGAAACAAGUUCCAAAGCCUACCGAUUUCAAGCUAAAAAUCCGCCCGGAAGUUCUUAGGCCGUGCGGGUGUUUUCUUAAAGUGCACCAGAGAAAAAACCAAAGCCCUGGGCUCUCAAGUUGCAAAGUGGUCCAGAAGUUGCAAGCCGGUGCCCACUUUAUUCCAGUCACCAUCAGAGAACAAGCCCAAGACGAGCAGGGCCAGGCUGAAAGAUGCGCAAAAGCGCAGCCCAUUUGGGUAGCCCUAAGCAACCCACCCAAACCAAACCCACGCCAAAGAUACCCAACGGGACCCAAGCUGUGGCCAAACUGAAACCAAGCGCGAACGAAACUGACACCGAGCGCGGACGAAACUGAAACGAAACGCAUGCCAAACACAGACCAAACUCCAACCAGCCUCGAGCCGAACCCAAACCAAACCCAAACCAAGCCGAAACCCAAGCCGGGCCCCGACCAAACUCAAACCAAACAAGACUCAGGCCCAAACCUAAACCAAACCCCGGCCAAACUCAAACCAAACCCACGCCAAACGCAAACGCAAACCGAACGCAUUCAAAACCCAAGCGCAAGCCGACCAAAACCGAGGGAAGCCCGCCCGGCCUCAAACCAAAGAGGCGAGCCCUUAGCGCGCCCGGAUCUCGAGGCAGGGCCGAAACUCGCAGCAUGCUCGAAACUCGGGCCAGCCCUGCGGCCCACGCUGAGCGUGAAACCCAAACGGGGCAGGCUGCGGCGCGUUGUGUGCGCGUCUCCUCUGCUCUUUCCUCUUCUUUUUCUUGGGUUUUCCGCGCCGCAGGGAGCCCGCUGCCAGAAGCCACCGCGGCGCGCCCUCGAAUCUCGAGGAGCGAAAAGCGGGGAGAAAAACAAGAGAGGCAGCGGGAGGGACCUGGGCGGGGCAUGGUAUGGCCUGCGCGUGGUUCUCCAGUGCUGACCCGGUCGGCACGGUCCCGCCUGUGUUGCCUUUGUCUCCUCUUUUGUUUCCCCACCCUCGUUUUCCUCUCUUCCAGGAGAUUCGAGGGCGCGCGGCGGUGUCUGGUGGCGGGCUGCACUGCGUGCGCAGUGUGUCCGCCUCGGUCUUCUUCGCGCUUGGUUCGCUCCUGAGAUUCGAGGGCGCCGCGCGGUGGCUGGCGGUGGGCUAUGAGGCGAGUGCAGUGCGCUGCCCGUCUUUGUCUUUCUGGGGGCUCUUCUGAAGUCUUUCGGGCAGCUCUCUCCCGCAAUGCUUUUCACCAGUGCGAAGGCUCUCGCGAAGCGUUUGGAGAGCCCUUGGGAAGUGUCUGCCAUGCCUCUCGCGCCGCCUUUUGGGCGCCCCCUCGGAAAGCCAGGCGGGCGGUUUUGUGAAGCCUUCGGAACCGGGCAUCCGCGGGGCCUUCCUGAAGCAGCUGCCCCGAGACCUUUGCGACAGCCCGUUCGAGGCCCAUCCAUGGGCGAGCCUUCUCCAAGCUCCUCGGAAAGCCCUCGCGGCACCGCCUGGGAGGCUCGGGCAGAGCCCUACGGAGGCCUUGCGCGGGGCUAGGUUCUUGAACGCCGGGCGGGGGGGCUCACGGGUCGAAGACUUGCGCGGGGCUAGAUUCUUAAACGCCGGGCGGGGGCUCACGGGUCUGAGGUUUUUAGGGUUUAAAAGCCCAAGAGCUUGCUAUAGGCCCUGAGAGUUUCAGACUUACAAAGGGCCAGCGCCUUCCCUGCGUCCGUUUUCCGUGGGACCCCCUAGCGGGCGGCCUCGUCCUUAACCGGUCCACGGUAGGCCGACGACACGCGCGGACCGCCUUCCGCUUGCUUUCUCCCCAAAAGUCACGGACGCUUGUGGGCUUCUGCGCUGCAAACGUCCAAAAGAGCGCGCCUUUGGAGGGAAGACCCACGCGCCCGGGCCGUCUGGUCCGGCUGCGGGCCUCGUGCUCCAAACCCGACAGCCGGCCCGUGAUAAGUCGACGACACACGCGGACCGCCUUCCGCUUGCUUUCUCCUCAAAAGUUCCCCGCCUGCUUUCUCCCCAACAGUCCGACGCUUCUGCGGAUUUCUGCGUGCGCUGUAAACGUGCAAAGGAUCGCGGCUCCGGAGGGAAGGCCAGCGCGCGCGCCCGCGGCUCGCGACGGCUUUCUAGGCCUCAUUGCGGCGCGCGUGGCUCGUUGCCGCCCUUAAGGUGUGGCGCAGCGACUUUUUGCGACUUCACACGGCAAAAACCGAGAAAAAGAGGGACAGCGCGGCACCCGGUCGGGGCUUUCUCUACUCCCGAUAGAAGGCGCGCGGCUUUUGGUCCCGUAGGCCGCUAGGAAGGGUGGUCGCAGCCCUCUCCCCCCUGCCCACCCGCUUACCGGCCCGCCCCCUCCCCUCCCCAAAUUUUCCCGGCGACCCCCCUCACCCUCUUCCCGCGCGGGCGCACCUCCCCGGAACCGCAAAGAGGCGGGCGGGGCGGCGGCGGAACCGCGGAAGAGCAGCGGCGGGGCCUCUUCCCCUGGCCCGCGGCGGCCGCUUCCCGGAGGGCGGCCGGGCUUGCGGCAGGGGCGCGGGCGCAGCGGCGGGACACUCGACGGCAGGCCGCCGCGCAAGUUCCGCGCGCCGCGCGCCCGGUGCCGCCCAUCCACCGCGCCUGCAGCGGCUUUCCGCGCUCAGGGGGGCCGGGCCCUUCCUUUGCAGGCGCGCAGAAAGCGCAGGCGGCAAGCCGCGGCGCUGUGCUUCACCGCUCCGUCGCCACGCUGCCUCCCGCGUGCCGGCUGCCUCUUUUUCGUAUCUUGAGGAAACGGACUGCCAAGGGCCUCCCCGCGAACUAAAUGCCGCCCAGAGCGAACAAAAAAGGCAAGCCGGAGCGCGAACAAAACAAGGAGGCCCCAGGGGCGGGCAGCAGGAAAAAGCGAGCCCUGGGACAAACAAGAAAGAAGCGCCCCUGGAGGAAAACAAAAAAAGAGCGUAGGAGCGUCCCGGAAAAAAUUGGACGCAAGCUUCCUCAAAGGCGGCGUGAGGUACGCUCGGUUCCAGAUCAAGCAGCGGAGAGGGCUAGUGGGAAAGCGUCGCAGAGUGAGAAGCCGUUUUCCUUUGUCCAGAUUAUUUAUUCUUUGCCGCGUCUUUACUUAUGUCCCCUACUGAGCGCGGCAGCCUCUUCGGCUGUCGCGUUGCUUCGCAUGAACGGGUAAAAGACUGCGUGCUCCUGCUUUUCAACAUCAGAUGGCUACGCUUCAGGGGGACACUUUUUCGUCGAUGAAUAUUUGUGCUUAAUUGUAUAGAACAAGGAAAGUGUCAUGGACUUCGCAGGGGCAUCACUGUUGGUACCAUCGUGUGACCCCAACAAUGGAGAAAGCAACUUGUGGAAAACAAUAACCACCUUUUUUCCGGAACGAAGGCCUCCGCCGUUUGUCACUUGGCAGUAGUCAGUUGUAGUAAGCACUGGCAGAAGUUGAAGCACUUGGAGAAAUGGUCAACGCCGGAAGUUGAUGAAGCGUCCUCACCGUGACAUACGGAGCAAGAGCUCCGCUGCAUCCUCGACGAGAUAGGAGUAGAUCACGCGCAGUCUUUGCAAGGACGGAGAAAAAUAUAGCACGACCUCUCACGACGUGCGGCCAAGAAGCCUACAUCCAUAGAAGUACGCAACAACAUCAAGUACGAGGGACCCUGGCUACCGCAGUACGCAGGUCCAUCCCGUCGCACUAACUGUUAGAGAAGUACCAAUACCACAGUACACAACAACAGUGCCAGUCAACAUAGGCAACUUGAAGAUCCAAAAACAAGACCGGAGAAGAAAAUGGCGUCUCUUGUGUGGAUCGGGGUCCUGAUGACCUUCGCGGCCUCUA